GGAGCGGUAUAACCUCUACACACCUCGGCGUUACUGUAGAGCAGAAGUCAGUAGUGCCACUGCCGGUGCCGGGCUGUGCGCUGUCCAGACGUAGAUCCCUACAUAUCGGGAUGACGCUCGACGACGACAGUAAAACUCGGUGCAAAAUCCUCAUCGAGGUGCUUAUCUUCUGUACAGUUUCUGCCCUCUCAAUAUUGAUGGAGUUCGGGGUGAUGCCAGAGGUUCAGAGCAUUGGCUUCUACUGCGGCGAUUCGAAAAUCUCCCAGAAAUACCGUGGUGACACAGUCACGUUGAAAGUACUUUUGUUUUCCACCAUACUCUUACCGCUGUUCACUAUCUGCAGUGUGGAGAGCAGUUGCUAUGGGACCCGAGGAAGCAGUAAGAGAGCCUGGUGGCCCCAGGCCCUGGCCUGGUACCGGGAGUAUCUCUCAGGAUUCCUGAUAGUAGUGUUCCUGACGUGUGUAGCCAAGGUGUUGGUGGGGGAGCCCCGGCCUCACUUCCUUGACACUUGCAGACCCUUCCAGGCCCUCAACUGUACUUCAGGCAAGUUUAUAGCAAGUUAUACGUGCACAAACUCGGAAGUGGGCAGUGUGAAGAUGAGGGACGCUAGCAAGUCGUUUCCUUCCGCACAUUCUGCUCUCUCUGUCUACCUCUUCAUAUUUUGUGCGUGGUACCUCCAGCGUAGGAUGGUGGGAGUAAGUGCAGUAUUGGUAGCUUGGCUACAAGUGGUGUACUUGGUGUGGGCGCUGGUCUGUUGUGUUACCAGAGUCACUGAUCACCGACAUCACUGGUGGGAUGUCCUUGCCGGUGUAGCACUGGGCACUGUCUUUGGUGUCUACACGGUUUACAACUUUUGUUGUAACUUCCAAGUGAGUACCUACAGACAUCUCCACACAACGGCAAAGAUCCCAGACAAGUCCAGCAACCAUUUGUUCAAGGGGAGGCUCCUGUCUUCUUCCUCCGACACGACUGCGCAAGGAUUAGCUGAUGUCACAGCGACAUAGCUGCCUCUAUCUGUAUGCUGGGCUGUCUCGGACAAAUGAUUCAAACAGUAAAGUGAACCAUUGCACACUCAAUUGUUUUGAAGUGCAUAAUGUAAUCAGUUCCAUUGAAUGAUGUAGCAUUCAAAGUAAUCUGUAGGACUGAGAAAGAUAUUCAUAUAAAAAAAAGUUUCAUAUAAAGUAAUAAAAUAAGCAAACACAAUAACUUUAACAUUUUAAAUUUCUUUUGUGGUCUAGUAAACCCAGAGUCAAAAGUGAAGAUGUAUUUAAAAUUUACUGUUAAAAGUACCAAAUACUACAUAAAAGAAGCAUGUUGUGAAAAUAAAACAGUAUGAAAUAAGUUACCGUAAUACGUUUUCCAUUUUAUAAUACUAAAGGAUUUUAAUUAUAUUAAAAAAAACUAUUGUCAUUCCUUUAAGACUGGUUAUGUUUAAGAUAUUUAAUUACUGGUCAGUUUCUGAGAAUGAAUGAACAAGUAAUUGAUGGCACACUGGAUGAUGAUAAUUCAGUAAUUAACAAGAAUCUCAAUUGAAAUAGGUUUUAUACGUGUAUUUUUUUACAUUGUCAUUCUGGUAUGAGACACCAGUGCAUUAUAUAAUAUGUUUCCAUUAAUGCUGGAGAAAAUGAUAAUAUUUUUGGAAGUGCAUGUGCAAUAUUUCAACAAAAUUAUCAGUUUUAAAUAAUUCAUAUAUAGCUGAUGUAAGACAUUAAAUAAAUUAUUGUUUAUAAAAACCAGAGUUCUUAUAACACAUCAGACUUAGGAAGAUUCUAAUUUGAUGUUUUGCUAUUGCAGUGAAUAUUUCAAAUGUGAUCUUUUAAUAAAUAAUAUUCGAAGUCAGACUAAAAUCAUUUACAAAGUGUGUCUUGGCUGACAUUUGAGAAAUAUGACAAAAAGAAAAAAUCCUUAGGUAUCAUUGCAUCCAUUAGUUUAUUUUAAUUUUGUGGUAUGAGUUUAUGAAUAUAAGAUAUAUUUUUAACGUAAUAUAAUCAAACACAUUUAAAAAAGUAAAAUUUAAAGCCAUAAUUUGUUUAGUAUUUCUUGUUGAAUGUUUUAACUUAGUUGUACUAUUUAGCGAGGUAUUUAUUUUAGAUAGUAAUUCUUUAAGUUAGUAUUUAUUGUAUUUCAGUAUUAUUAAACAUUUACUAUUCUAUUUUUCAUUGCCAUGGAAAAUCCACUACAUCAACUUAGUGUUAAAAUUACAGUGCAGUCCCUAUAAUCCGGCCGUGCGCUAAUACGGCACGUCCAGUAAUCUGGCACUGUGCGAGCGAUGACGGGUCGGGUCAAUGUAGGAUUUUUUGUACUGUAUCCUUCCGUUGUUUAUUUCACAGCUAGAUUAGGCUUACUGUACUGUUUGUUUAUUACGUUUUAUUGUGUAUUUAGUUAUUUUCCAAUUGUACUUUUGCGUUCUACUUAUGUUAAACUAUACUUUAACUGGUUUCUAAUAAAUUUCAAUGUACAUUUGUAUGUUUUUCAUACGUUUUUACCCAUACAUCCAUUAAUCCGGCAAUUUCGGUAAUCCAACACUACCAAUCCCGAUAUACUGCCGGAUUAGCAAGAUUGCACUGUAUAAAGUUUGGUAACCCGAAAUUAAUUAGUUUUUCUAUGGUUAUUAAUUCAAUGAAACUGUAAUCAAAAGUUAUAUAUUUAGAAAUUUUCUUAUGAUUUAUAUCUUGUAUUGCAUUCUGAAAAGGGAUAAUUUAGAAAUAAAUAUUAUAUUUUGAUGUUGUGUAUAACUAUUUUAUAAGGAAUAUAAUUUAGGUAAUUUAUAGGAUGAUUUUACUACAAUAAUGAUUUAUUUGUGAUGUUUUGUAUGUUAACACCACAUACAUGAGUAUUAAAUUAACCAUUUAAAAAUUUAUAUUUUGUAACUGUUGUUCGUGUUAUUUAUGUGUUAUGUUGACUGUAUCUGCCAUUAGUAACUCAUUAAUUUUUGUUGAACAGAGAAUUUAGUUAGCUGUAAAUAUUGUAAAUAUAAAACCAUAUUUUUACCGCAUGUACAUAGUGAUGUCAUGUAAAUAAAUAUUGUUGCUAAUGUA